CAUUGAGCGCAUGGUCUAGGAAGCUGAGAAGUACAAAGCUGAAGAUGAGAAACAGCGGGACAAGGUGUCUUCCAAGAAUUCACUUGAGUCUUAUGCAUUCAACAUGAAAGCAACUGUUGAAGAUGAAAAACUUCAGGGCAAGAUCAAUGAUGAGGACAAACAGAAGAUUCUUGACAAGUGCAAUGAAAUCAUCAAUUGGCUUGAUAAGAACCAGACUGCAGAGAAGGAAGAAUUUGAACACCAGCAGAAAGAGCUGGAGAAAGUCUGCAAUACUAUCAUUACCAAACUGUACCAGAGUGCAGGGGGCAUGCCAGGAGGAAUGCCUGGAGGCUUCCCUGGUGGUGGAGCUCCUCCAUCUGGUGGUGCCUCCUCUGGACCCACCAUCGAAGAGGUUGAUUAAGCCAACCUGAGAAUAGGUCUAGCAUUGUUCCACAAAAUAUUCGAAGGACCCAAAUUUGUAGCAAAUUCCAUGGCAGUUUUAAUGUUGAGCUGCUAUAGUAUAAAUAAACUGGGCAUUCUUGAUACUUGAAUAUGAAAUACGUGCACAGGGAAAGGAAAUGAACAUUGCACUUUAUAAGCACUGUUAUUGUUAAGUGGAAAAUGCAAUGUCUUUAAACGGUAUUUAA